CACUGUUUAUAUUCCAGAGCCAGGGCUGCCCACCACCGCCUCCUCGUGUGUGUUUGUGUGAUUUGGAGCUUCUUCCUCCGCGCUGCUCUGAGCGCAGUCCGCCCCCAAACUCACACCCCUUUAAAUACUGCCCUCUUUGGAGGAGCUGAAACUGAGCUGAGGGGUGAAAAAUUUCUGAACUCCAGACCAGAGACCGUCUCCUGCAGUCAUGUCUACUGAAGAGGGCUCGCUCUCUACUGAGGGGAUGUACUCCAAACUCGUAGAAGAUGGAGGGACCUCAGCCGAUGAAGAAUUCGGAGCACAACCAGCACGGUUUGUAGCCUCAUCAACAGGGGUUAGAGGGAGGCUGGCACACAACGGACCCUACCGUGUGGCUACAGCAUGUCUUACUGCUUUCUGCCUCAUCCUGCUCAUGGUAUUGGUGGCAAUGGGUGUACACUAUAACAGCAUGGGUCAGAACUCCCAGAAGGUUUCCCAGAAUUCCACCUCAUCCUCUUCCACACAGAUGCAGAAAGCCUGUGCUAAUGUAACCACCCUAAUUGCAGAGCAGAGCAGACUGAAGGAAAAGAAUAUAGAACUACAGAAUGAACUUGACCAGCUAAAGGCCAAAACUGAAAAGCUCGAGACCACCCCAACCCCACAGCCAGUUCAGUGCACUGAUGAUUGGCUCUACUUCAAUGGCAGCUGCUACUUCAUCUCCAGGUUUGGCCGCAGCUGGAUGGAGAGUCAGAAAUACUGUGAACGCAAAGGUGGUCACCUCGCCAUCAUUCACACUGCUGAGGAACAGACUUUCCUAUGGGACCUGUUGCCAAGAGGUCACUGGAAUUCUUACUGGUUUGGAAUCAGUGAUGAAAAGUUGGAGGGAGACUGGUACUGGGUUGAUGGAACCAAACUAGUUGGAGGUUUCUGGGAAGAUGGGGAACCCAAUAACCACAUUGAUGAAGACUGUGGCUACAUAGUGAAGACUGAAGUGUUGACUCGCGUGGCUAUCAAGAGCUGGUACGAUGCACCAUGUGACAUGUCUAUACCCUGGAUCUGUGAGAAGAAGGCAGCUAAAUAAUAACCAUUGUCAAUUUUUAUGUUUUUAGGUCUGAUGUUUUAAUAAAUGCAGGGAGUGUUGUUGCUCUUUACAGUAACAAUUUCUCCUGCUAGAGAUAAAUGUGCAGCAAGAACAGUUUUAAUCUCAAUAGUUCAUGUAUAACAAUUAGUUAUAGCAGAUAUAAAGUCUUUGGCGAAAGCCUCCAUCAAAAGCCCAGGUCCGCAGCAUCUGGAACCUCGCAGAUCCUGCCGUAUAGGUAUGGUGGGGGCCAUACCUAUACGGCAGUAUUAGCUUAAUAACCUAAAUCAUCUUUCUAAUCCGAGAGCAGUUUUAAAUGGCUAUAAUAUUUGAGCUAUUACUAAUAUGAGUAAGUAACCAACUUCUCUGUUCUUUAAGCAUUUAACAUGUAUAAGUAUUAGUUUAGAUACAGUGUUUCUUAGUCACUUUGGUGUAUUUUUUAAAUUGUCAUUAAUAUUUGCACAAAAGUGUGUGUGAGAAUGUUUUAAAACAUUUUGUACAAACAACACCAUGCAAUGGAUAACCAGCUAAUGCCUGUACCUCUCUCAAAGUCCUUAUUUUAUGUGCCAAAACAAGUAUUUGUGUCAGUGAAGAUUUCAGUCAUUAGAAUGAAGAAUCCCUUUGUUACUAAUUAUAAACAAAACAGUCUAAAUUCUUCGUCAUGUUGUUUUUAUAUCGGUAUACACUGUAAGUAUUAAAAAUGCUUUUUUUUCUAGAGUAGUGUAUAUCAGUUUCAGAAAGGGUAUCUGCAUAUCAGAAUCAGAUAAAGGCUUGAAGUCCGAUGUUGUAUGAGCCUUUCUUUUAUAAUUAAAUUAAUUGAAGUACAUGUUAAAAGUACCCCAGGAUUAUUGUAGUAGUUCUGAUGUCUGUCAGCAGAGGGCAGUAUUGUGGCGCCGUUGUAUUAACGCUGUGCUGUUAUGCUGUGUCAUUACUGUACAUAAGAAAACUAUUUUGUUUCUUUUUUUAUCUUCCUUGCUUGUAUUGUCUUUCUUUUUUUUCAAUUGUAUUCAAUUGUAUUCAUAUGUAAUGCAUUUAUUUGCAUUGGUGGGGCUAUUUUACUAUUAAAAGAAGGUUUUAAUGGACUUAAUUCAAGUUAA